AUGUCUUGGUUAUUGAGACAAGCUGAAGAUAUUCUAAAUCGAGUUGAUCAACAAACCAAUGCAGCUUUUCAUCAACAUCCUUCACAAAUAUCAUUAAAGCAAAGCUCAGUUGAAUUAAUUCCUGAUUCAUCCUCGUUUACCCCAUCACUACCAGUAGAACAGCCUAUUGUCAAUCGUAUUCCUGUGACUCGACCUGCAAUAACGCCAAUCCGUCGUAUUAAAAAAAACGAUGAAAGCGAUCUUAUCAGCUAUCUCAAUGGCUCAACAUCCAUUAAUCAUAACGAAACAAAACAAUUGAUUCCUAUUCAAUUUUCAAGCAAUAAAACACGUACGAAUAGUUCAUCUAGUGCUCACAGUGACGAAUCUUCAUUAGUUUCAUCACAUAAUAACAAGAAAGAACUUGUUGUAAAUAUUCCAUCAGUAGAUGAAUCUAUUACUAAUAACUCUGAUAAACAAUUAAUUGCGACACUUCAAGCUCAAAUUCAAACAUUAACACGAGAUAAAAUUCACUAUGAAAGUGAAUUACAUAGUUAUAAACGUCAACAAAUUCAAUAUCAACAUCAGAUUGCUGAAUCCGAUGCAUUACUACGUGAUUUACGUUCGCGUGAAUCGGAUUCCAUUGAAGUGUUGUCAGCAAAAGAUUCGCAAAUCGCUUUACUUCGUGGUCGCUUAGCUGAAUCGGAUGAUUCAUUAAAACGACAUAUUUCUCAAUACGAAGAAUUACAAAAUGAAUAUUCACGUACAUUAGAAGAUUCAUCUAAUAUUCAAUCAUCGUCGUUAUCAUUGGAAUUUUUACAAACACGAAAAACACAAUUGGAACAAGAAUUAGAAAGAUUUUUAAAUGAAAACGAACGUUUAAAUAAUGAAAAUGAACAAUUAAUGGAACAAUUAAAAUUAACUGAAAAACGCUUGAAUGAUGAACAUUUACAAUUAUAUGAACAACAACAACAAACAAAACAUGCGAAAAUUCUAAUUAAUCAAUUAGAAUAUGAAAUGGAUGAAUAUAAAUCUAAAGCACAAAGAAUUUUACAAAUGAAAGAUAAACUAAUCGCUAAACUCAAAGAUUUUAUACAACAGCGAAGUAGUACACCAACGACUGGAGAUCAAAAUGAACUUGAAAUCAUCGGUGUCAAUGAUGAUUCAACUCUUGUCGAUAUUAGUCUCGUCGGAAAUUCAUCUGUAUCAUCCAAUUGGGCGUCUAUACAAAACGAAGAAUUAAAAAGUGAAAAUGAAUUAUUCAAACAAGAAUUACAAGCGCGUGAAUUAACAAUUCAUACACUACGUAAUGAACUUCAAGAAGCGGAAUCCACAAUUCAAAAUUCUGAUGAACAAUAUCAAGCACAAAUCAAUCGAUUAAAUGAACAAUUAAAAGAAGAACGUUCGCGUUUAUCAUUAGCCGAACAAGACUAUCGUAAACUGAAACAAGAAUCAACAUUGAUAAACGAGGAUUUUCAUAAACAAAAACAAGCCUAUCAAGGACAAUCAAAUGAGCGUGAACGUGAAAUUGAACGUCUUCGUUUACAAGUCACUGCAAAAACCAUGAAUCAAGUUAAAGACGAUGAAUUAGAAAAACGUUUACAAACUUUAACUGAAUCGUUAAUACAUAAACAAAGUAUAAUUGAAACAUUACAAACAGACAAAAGUUCAUUGACAAUGCAAUUAGAACGUUUAGAAAAACGUCUAGAUGAUUAUGAUACAAUAACAGCAAAACAUUCUUUUCAACAAACAUCAAGAAAUCUUCCAACAACUUCAAUAUCAAUUGAUGAUAGUGAACAUUAUGAAAAUCUUCGUUAUCGCAUGCCAUUAUUACGUGAAACACCCUAUGAUGUUGAUCUAACAAAAAAAGUUAAACGAGCAGCAAAUGAACUUGAUAAACUUGGAAUUCGUUUUACAAUGUUUCUAAGACGGUAUCCAUCGGUUCGUCUUGGUGUUCUAUUGUAUGCCUUAAUUCUUCAUUUAUGGACAGUGUUUCUACUUUUUACAUAUACGCCCGAGGUUCAUAGCCAUACGGAUUCGAUGAAUUUAAAAGGUAAACUGUGA